UUUGUAAUUAAAUUGCAUUAUGUCUACCAUUCGAUAUGAAUUAGUUAAUGCAACAACUCAUAGAGCAUAUUCGUUAAUUGAUUAUAAUAUUCACACUGAUAUUCACAAACGACAUGAAUUUAAAAAACAAACAAUUCUUGCUGAUAAACUUCUUACAGAUGAUGAAAAAACUGAAGCAAUAAAAGAUAUAACUAAAGCUUACGACCGAAAUAAAAUUCUUGAAAAUACGGGAACAAAAAGAAUUUGUGAAAAUUGCAAUCAAGAAUGUUUAGCUACAUUAUAUUGUGAAUAUUGUAUUCGAAAUUAUUUAAAAGGAAAAUUUUCACAUUGGACAUCUGGAAAUGAUGAUAUUGAUAAUUUAAUACAGAAAUGUCAAAUAGAAUCAAUUAUGCCAAAUACUAUAGUUGAAUGGAUUCCAUAUAAUAAUUUAAAAAAUAUUAAAUAUCUUACAAAAGGUGGAUUUUCCGAAAUUUAUACUGCAGGUUGGAUCGAUGGAUAUUAUGAUGAAUGGGAUUCUAAAAAUCAACAAUUAAAAAGAGUUAAAAGACCUGGAAUACAAAACCUAAUAAUAAGGGUAGUACUCAAAAAAUUAGAAAAUGUUGAAAGUGCAAAUCAAAGUUGGUUUGAAGAGGCUAAAUCACAUUUAACUAUAAAUAAUAAAUGGUCAGAAAUUGUCCGAUGUUAUGGUUUAACACAAGAUAUAUCAAGUGGAAAUUACUUGCUUGUAAUGUUGAAAAUGGAUAUGGAUUUAAGAAAAUAUUUACAACAAAAUGAUGAACGACUUACAUGGAAAGAAAGAAUUAAAAUUACUUUUGAAAUUACUAAUGCACUAUAUUUUAUUCAUGAAGAGAAGGCAAUUCAUAGAGAUUUGCACUCUGGAAAUAUAUUAUAUUCACAAUUUAAUGAUAGAUGGUUUAUUAGUGAUCUUGGAUUUUGUGGACCUGCUGAUAAAUCAUCAAAAUGUAUAUAUGGAAAUCUUCCCUAUAUAGCACCAGAAGUUAUUAAUGGAAAAGGAUGUACUUUUAAAUCUGAUAUUUAUAGUGUUGCAAUACUUAUGUGGGAAAUUUCAUCUGGACAACCACCAUUUAUUAAUUAUAAGCAUGAUGAUUAUAAUCUUGCAAUGGAUAUAAUUAAUGUCGAAGAUUUUAAUAAUUCAAACGAUCAAAAGAUUAAUAAAACAUCAAAAAUGAAUAGUAUUUUUAAAGCCAGCAGUAAAAGUUUGUCUAAAGUAUUUAAAACUUUAAAAAUAAAUUCCAAGAAUGAUGGAUUUUAA